AACGUCGCCUCUGCUGAGAAACUAGAAGGAAGUUUGGUGUUGGUGACAAGGGAAGAGAAUGAUCUGGUGAUGGACCAUUCUAAAUCGCAUGGGGUAGUUUCAUCGUAGACGACCAUGAGUCAGCCACCGACCGGGGGCGCUGCCCCUGCCAUAGCCGCAGCUUCUGCCGCCACAGCUGCCACUGAGGCUCGCCUGCACCCUGAGGGCAGCAGCAGAAAGCAGCAGCGUGCUCAGUCACCCGCUAGACUGAGGGACAAUUCGGUCCGACAGACAACAUCGGCUACCCGAUCCCCAGUUGGGGCAGGCACUAAACUCAAUUCUGUUCGGCAGCAGCAGCUGCAGCAACAGCAGCAGCUGCAGCAACAGCAACAGCAGCAGCAGCAGCAGCAGCAGCAGCAGCAGCAGCAGCAGCAGCAGGGCAACAAGACCGGGGGCCGCGCUGCGCCUCCAGCCAGCACCAGAGGAAGCGGAGGCGGGGCGGAGAAGGCAGGGCCCCCGGCUCCCAAAGGGGCUGUGCCGGGAGCUGUCCAGCCCGUGGCUGGUGCUGAAGCGGCUCCCGCUGUGACCCUGGCCCCGGUGGGUGGCAGGAGGCCUGGUCCGACCGAGGAGCCACCCCGGGAACUACAGCCCCUGUCCUCUAAACUCGGGGAACACCCUCCGCGCGGGGAAGGAGGGGGAGGGGGUGGGGAAGUAGGAGGAGCCGGCGGCGGCUCCGGGGAAAGGGAGGGGGGCGCUCCGCAGCCGCCGCCGCCCAGGGGCUGGCGAGGGAAAGGCGUAAGAGCUCAGCAGAGGGGCGGCAGCGGCGGGGAGGGGGCCUCCCCUUCGCCAUCCUCUGCGGUCAAAACCCCAGUCCCCGGCAGUAGAAACUCCGGAAGCGGCGUUGUGGGAGGCAGCAGCAGUGGAGGAGGGAGCUACUGGAAGGAAGGAUGUCUGCAGUCUGAGCUCAUCCAAUUCCAUCUCAAGAAAGAGCGGGCGGCAGCGGCGGCAGCCGCGGCUCAAAUGCACACUAAGAACGGUGGCAGUGGCAGCAGCCGCAACUCUCCGGUCUCUGGCGCCCCUGCCAUUUGCGAAUCUCUUGCAGUCCCUUCCUCUUUCCCAAUGGCGGCGGCAGCGGAGGGCCCCCAGCAGAGCGCAGAGGGCAGCGCCAGCGGCGGCGGCAUGCAGGCGGCGGAGCCCCCUCCAUCGCAGCCACAGCCGCACCCGCAGCAGCUCCAGGAGCAGGAAGAAAUGCAGGAGGAGAUGGAGAAGCUUCGAGAGGAAAAUGAGACUCUCAAGAACGAGAUCGACGAGCUGAGGACCGAGAUGGACGAAAUGAGGGACAGUUUCUUCGAGGAGGAUGCCUGUCAACUGCAGGAAAUGCGCCACGAGUUGGAGAGAGCCAACAAAAACUGCCGGAUCCUGCAGUACCGCCUCCGCAAAGCCGAGCGCAAAAGGCUCCGCUAUGCGCAGACCGGUGAAAUCGACGGGGAGCUGCUGCGCAGCCUGGAGCAGGACCUCAAGGUUGCAAAGGAUGUAUCUGUGAGACUUCACCAUGAACUGGAAAAUGUGGAAGAAAAGAGAACAACAACAGAAGAUGAAAAUGAGAAACUGAGGCAACAGCUUAUAGAAGUUGAAAUUGCAAAGCAAGCUUUACAGAAUGAAUUGGAAAAAAUGAAAGAGCUAUCCUUAAAAAGAAGAGGAAGCAAAGAUUUGCCAAAAUCUGAAAAAAAGACCCAACAGACUCCCACAGAGGAGGACAAUGAAGAUCUGAAAUGCCAGCUGCAGUUUGUGAAAGAAGAAGCUGCUUUGAUGAGAAAGAAAAUGGCCAAGAUAGAUAAAGAAAAGGACCGAUUUGAGCACGAGCUCCAAAAGUACAGAUCCUUUUAUGGGGAUCUGGACAGUCCUCUGCCCAAAGGAGAAGCCGGCGGGCCUCCCAGCACCAGGGAGGCUGAACUCAAGCUACGGCUGAGACUGGUGGAGGAAGAAGCCAACAUCCUGGGCAGGAAGAUCGUGGAACUGGAGGUGGAGAACAGAGGGCUAAAGGCGGAACUGGACGACCUGAGGGGUGAUGACUUCAAUGGCUCAGCCAACCCCCUCAUGAGGGAGCAGAGCGAAUCCCUGUCGGAGCUGCGGCAGCACCUGCAGCUGGUGGAGGACGAGACAGAGCUGCUGCGGAGGAACGUGGCGGACCUGGAGGAGCAGAACAAGCGCAUCACAGCCGAGCUCAACAAGUACAAGUACAAGUCCGGUGGCCACGACAGCGCGCGGCACCACGACAGCGCCAAGACCGAGGCCCUACAGGAGGAGCUGAAGGCGGCGCGGCUGCAGAUCAACGAGCUGAGCGGCAAGGUCAUGCAGCUGCAGUACGAGAACCGAGUGCUCAUGUCCAAUAUGCAGCGCUACGACCUGGCCUCGCACCUGGGCAUCCGCGGCAGCCCCCGCGACAGCGACGCCGAGAGCGACGCGGGCAAGAAGGAGAGCGACGACGACUCGCGGCCGCCGCACCGCAAGCGGGAAGGGCCCAUCGGGGGCGAGAGCGACUCGGAGGAGGUGCGCAACAUCCGCUGCCUCACGCCCACCCGCUCCUUCUACCCCGCGUCCGGGCCCUGGCCCAAGAGCUUCUCCGACCGGCAGCAGAUGAAAGACAUCCGCUCGGAGGCCGAGCGCCUGGGCAAGACCAUCGACCGGCUCAUCGCCGACACGAGCACCAUCAUCACCGAGGCGCGCAUCUACGUGGCCAACGGGGACCUGUUCGGACUGAUGGACGAGGAGGACGACGGCAGCCGCAUCCGUGAGCACGAGCUGCUCUACCGCAUCAACGCGCAGAUGAAGGCCUUCCGCAAGGAGCUGCAGACCUUCAUCGACCGCCUGGAGGUGCCCAAGUCCGCGGACGACCGUGGCGCCGAGGAGCCCAUAUCCGUGAGUCAGAUGUUCCAGCCUAUCAUUUUACUUAUUCUCAUUCUUGUAUUAUUUUCAUCACUUUCUUACACAACAAUAUUUAAACUUGUCUUCCUUUUUACACUGUUUUUUGUACUGUAAAUCUUUCAUCA